AUGGAGAAAAACACAGCUGCGCCGUUUAAUGUGAAGCAACCGCUCGGUUUUUGUCGAUUCAAUGGAAGUGUAUGCUGUAACUCACGGCAGGACUUCAGGUUGCAGAGACAGUUUAAAGCAGUCAAUGUAUCUGAGAACUGUUCUCCUCUUCUUAAAUCGUUACUCUGCUCGAAGUGUGAUCCUUUCGCAGCAGAGCUUUUCCGGGUUGAGUCAGAAUCUAGACAAGUUCCUGUGCUUUGCAAUUCCACAGUUUCUUCUAAUAAGUCAGCACAAUCGUUUGCCGACAUUGAUUUCUGUGACAGAUUUUGGAAUGGAUGUCAGAAUCUCUCUGUAAACAACACUCCUUUUGCAUCUCAACCUGGAGAUGGAAGCAACAGUAGUAAUGUCACUUCCACAAUAUCCGAAAUAUGGAAAUCAAGCAAUGAAUUCUGCAAGAUCUUUGGUGGAGCUUCAGAUGAAUCAUCUGUGUGCUUCAAUGGCCAGGCGGUUUCAUUUAACAUUUCAAAAGUUACCGGUCCAUCUCCUUCAGGCGUAUGCCUUGAGAAGCUUGCAAAUGGGUCGUAUCUUAACAUGGUACCUCAUCCCGAUGGUACUAAUCGUGUCUUUCUGUCUGAUCAAGCCGGAAAGAUGUACUUGGUGACAAUUCCAGCUGAAGGAUCUGGAGAGGUUUUGACAAUAGACGAAAGUAACCUGUUUCUUGAUCUUACUGAAGAAGUGCACUUUGAUGGUGAGCUUGGUCUCUUGGGAAUAGCAUUCCAUCCGGACUUCUUGGAAAACGGUAGAUUCUUCGCUUCUUUCAACUGCGAUAGAGUUAAGUGGCCAGAAUGUUCUGGAAAAUGCGCGUGCAACUCAGAUGUUAACUGUGACCCUGCAAAGCUAGAUUCAUCUAAUGGAGCAACCCCAUGUCAGUUCCAUAGUGUCAUAUCAGAAUUCUAUUCUAAUGGGACUUAUGCUAAACCUGUGGAGGUAGGAAGGAUCUUUACGAUGGGUCUUCCUUUUACAUCGCAUCACGGUGGACAAAUCUUGUUUGGACCCAAAGAUGGAUACUUAUAUUUCAUGAUGGGAGAUGGAGGAAGUACAGGAGAUCCAUACAACUUUGCACAGAACAAGAAAUCAUUGCUCGGAAAAAUCAUGAGACUCGAUGUGAAUAAUGUUCCAGAUGCAAAAGCGAUGAGUGAAUUUCAGUUAUGGGGAAACUAUUCUAUACCAAAGGACAAUCCGUUUUCUAAAGAUAAGAAUCUGUUGCCUGAAAUAUGGGCAAUGGGAGUUAGAAAUCCAUGGCGAUGCAGUUUUGAUGCAGAGAGACCAUCUUAUUUCCUAUGCGCAGAUGUUGGAGAGGACAAUUAUGAAGAAGUGGAUAUGAUCACUAAGGGAGGAAAUUAUGGUUGGCAUUACUACGAGGGACCUUUACCGUUUAAUCCACCGAGUUCUAUUAAAAUCAGUAACUCAACAAAGAUUGCAAACCCGAUCUUCCCGGUAAUGUGGUACAAUCAUUCAGACAGAAACCAGAGCGGAGGAUCAGCAUCAAUAACCGGCGGAUACUUUUAUCGUUCAUCUACUGAUCCAUGUUUGUAUGGAACGUAUCUCUUUGCAGACUUAUACGCUGGACUUAUUUGGGGUGGAGCUGAAACUCCAGUGGGUAGCGGAAAGUUCGCUAGCUCUCAUAUUCCGUUGCAAUGCGCCUCGGAUUCACCAAUACCGUGCUCAUCUGAAACAGAGCCUUCUUCUUCAUCUCCACCCCUUGGCUUUGUGUUCUCCUUUGGUCAAGACAACAACAAAGACAUCUAUUUACUUGCAAGCACUGGUCUUUACAGAAUUGUUCGCCCGAGUCGCUGUAACUAUCAUUGCCCUCUUGAAAACAAAACUUCUUUGGCUCCUUCACAACAGCCUGAUCGUUCUCCUCCGUCUCCAUCAUCGUCUAAACGAGAACACAACAUCAGUUCUCUUGUUAUAAACUUCUUAGCUUGGUGUGUUUUUUUGGUUAUUAUAUAG